AUGCCUUGCAGGCUUCGCACGGACAGCAAUGUGCUGAGCAGCAUUUUGCAAGGCCCCUUCGGCCGAAAGUCGGUGAUCCUUCCUUCCGCCCCAAAGGCCGCAGACACGUCCGGCCUUCCCCUCUCCUUCCUUCAGGUUGAUGAGUGGGUGGAAGAGGUCCAGACAGAGGGAGCAGGAGAGGGCUUCGUCCUCCACAGGGAUUUGGAAUCCCGAGGUACGGGUUUCAUUCUGAAGGCAAACGCCGUGAGUAAGCAAACGGCAGACGACAAGCUUCCUAUGAGCUUGCACGAGUUGCGAAUCCUCCUCCUCGUGCUGAAGUUUCUACUCGCCCUGGCUGUGGUUGUUCAGGGCGGUGCUACAUGUGCUCGCCUGAUCCGGCGGCACGUAGCUGUUUCACCGACACCCUCGAAGGAGCUGAAGGAGGCGGUAAGCACCCCCAAGCUGGAGGAAGAGGAAGAGUCGGUGGAGCAGGCCAUCCGUAUGGUGUCAGCAGAGGAGGUCGAGCAGCUCUUGCCAUCGUUUCGAGGCAGUUAUGAUUGUGCCUUGUCCAAGCCGAAAAGUGUUGGGCAACCUCUUCGAUUCCGCGCACGCAUCUAUGGGCCGCUUGACGAGCAGCUGCCGCUUUCAGCGCCCAUGUGCGAAGAGGUUUGCGUGGUCCACAAGACAAAGGUGGAGCAGAACGCACCGGGACAAGAGGCGAAAGUCAUCGCAGAACGCUCUGGUUGUGUGGACUUUGUCGCCACGUUGGAGGGGGCUCCGGAUAUUCAGCUCACGGUCCAUGGGAAGGAAGUGCGCAUGUGCUUCUCUUCUUGCGCGAAGGAGAUGCGAUCACUGAGGGCUGUUCCGGCCAAGUGGCGAGAGUUUGUUCAAGCAGAGGGGGCAGGCGCUGACUAUGCUGAGGAAGAUCCUCUGGUUUUUCAGGAAGAGGCCUUGCGAGUCGGACAGCUGGUGACACUGGUCGGAGACUUGCACCGUGAUGCUUCUGGGCAGCUUCUGCUUUGGCCUGCCCCUGCGUCACGGUUGGAUGGAGCCGCAGCGUCGCCCCUGCUUGAUGGAGUGCACGUGUUGGUGAGCGAUGAUCCCAAUUUUGGUGCAAAAUCUGACGACCUUGUCGGGGCUCAUCGAGAUCAGGGAGUUUGA